AUGGCUUGUAGCAUCUCGAACACCCUUGUUCCCCCCAGCCGCUGGGCCCCGGAGAACUGCGAGCACCACGGGCAUCAGAGUUACCGCCGCAGAUCCUUCGUCCAGGUCGAGAAAUAUGGCGGCCAGCCUUGUGAGCCUAACUCCUUGAUGCAAGUGCAGACUUGUGGGCGCGCAUCUCACGAGGCCGUUGAUUGCGUCUUCGGUGCCUGGAACGCCUGGUCGGAGUGCGAGAAUGGCCAGACCAUGCGAAGCCGUGAAAUCGAUUCCCCAGCAGAGAGUCGUGGCUCCCUUUGCCAGGGGCCGCUGAAGGAAGUGAAGACCUGCGCCCUCGGGGCCGAAGCGAAUCGGCACGUGCAGAAGCCCUGCGAGCUGAGCAACUGGUCGCAGUGGUCUGCCUGCGCCGAUGUCCUUGGGUCCGUGCAGUUCCGCUUCCGCAAGGCUGGCGCGACUGACUCUAAGAUGGGGAUCGUAGUGUAA